AUGUCGCCGGAGAAACAAGAAUAUAUCCGCAUACAACAUCGCUACGCGUGUCGGCACAGGUUGUACAUGCAGAUCGUUCCCUCGUGGGACCCUCUGCGGGCCAAUGUGUGGGCCCUCCCUCAUUGCACAGCACUGGAAUUCUUGGUGCCGUUCAUCACGCGCUGCGUCGCCGAUGGCCCAUUGGAUCUUCGCGGUCUCCUGGUCAGUCUGCAGGAGAGAUGGAGCAGCAUCGUAGACAGCCCCUGUCCAAUCGACUUCACCGCAAAGGAGAUCACGGCGCACUGUGAGGAAACUGAAGCUCAGGCGGAGUACGAGCGCAAUGUGAACAGACUGCAUGACGUAAUUGGGUGCCUGAACGACGGAUCCGUCAGGCCCGAGCAGUUGGAGAGUGCGAAGGAGAAGAUGGAGCUCUGUCGACGAGAGUGGGACGAAACUGCUAUGAAGGGUCCUUUCCCUUUUUACGAGGGCGCACACUCUUACUAUCUCGUCUGA